CCUGGAAAAUGGCGGCUGGGACCGGAGCGGCGAGCGGCCACGGUGGCCGCGGGUCAUCCGCCGCUUUACAGUCGUCUUUGGACCGUCGCUUUCAAGGGGUCUCGAACACCAUGGAAUCGAUACAGGGAUUGUCGAACUGGUGCAUCGAGAACAAGAAGCAUCAUAGCUUGAUAGUACGAUACUGGAUGAAAUGGCUGAGAAAAUCUGCACCCUCUCACAGGCUUAAUCUGUUCUACCUUGCCAAUGAUGUCAUUCAGAACUGCAAGAGGAAGAAUGCCAUCGUCUACCGGACCUCCUUCGCUGAAGUGUUGCCAGAGGCCACCCAGCUGGUCAAGGAUGGGAAAGUGCGCAGGUCAGUGGAGCGCAUCCUGACCAUCUGGGAGGAGAGGAGCGUGUAUCCCGAGGAGGUCAUCUCCGAGCUCAGAGCUGGUCUCACCAAGAAGGCGCCCUCUACUGCGCCAGUGAACCCUAAGGCUGCUCUGAAGUCGAAGAUCGUGGCUGAAUUUGCUCCCCAGGCCUUCAUAGAGCAGCUGUCCACCUAUCGGCGCUCCAUGGAGGAGGCGGAGCUGAAGGAGAAGCAGCUGGCCGCUAUGAGAGUGGACGUCUGCAGCACCGAGGCACUAAAGAGGCUGAAAGACAAGGCAGGAGGCAAGAAGUUCUCCAAGGACUUCGAGGAGGGCAGCGGGAAGCUGCAGGACUUUGUGAGCUUCCUGGAGCGGCAGGUGAAGGGGGGCCCUUCCCUGCUGGAGGCUCUGACCAACGCAGACAUGUUCUACGAGAUGCAGUACAAGGAGGUCAAGAUCAUCGCCAACGCCUAUAAGACCUUUGCCAAUCGUGUGACGCACCUCAAGCGCAAGCUGGACACCUUAAAAACCACGCUCCCGGGCCCCGACGACUCGCCUAUCCCGUCUCCCUCUGAGGACGCCCCGUCCCCCACGGGCUCCGAGUCGCCCUUCCACAACAUGAGUGCGGGGGGUGCUGGCGGGGCAGAGGGGGAAGUCCCGAGCCCCCUGUCCUCUCCCGGUAGGUCCCCAGGACGGAACCUCCAACACGGAGAGAGGGACAACAGAGACGUGGAAGACAUGGAGCUCUCGGAGGGGGAGGAGACGGAGAGCGCCAACAUCAUAGUGGAGGAGAGGACUGAGCAGCCAGCCCCCAUCGCUGCACCCAAACCAGCCACUGUUGAUUCGCAACCCCCCCUGGCCCAGGAAGUCAGCCCUCCCAAGCAGGUCCCGCCCCCUGUGACCCCCUCCACCCCUCUGCCGGUCAAUCUGGCCAACGUGGACCUGGGCAAGAUCAGCUCCAUCCUGAGCAGCCUCACCUCAGUGAUGAAGAACACUGGUGUGAGUCCCGUCUCCCGCACCUCCCCAGACACCCCCACCACCCCGUCCUCUCACAGCUCGGCUCCUGCGGGGGGCAGCUCCGCCCCCAACCCGCUGGCCAGCAUUCUGUCUCGAGUGGACAUCACCCCCGAGGGGAUCCUCAGCGCCCUCUCCAAAACACAAGCGCAGAGUGGUGGUCUGCAGGGCAUGUCCAACCUGCUGCAGAAUGUGGCUGGAAACUCCUCCUCCGGUGCUGCCAGCACCAGCACCAGCAGGGAUAGCACCCAGAAUCCCGCUUCCACGGCGGCCCCUCGUGGCCACAGCUCCGCCCCUCCCCAGGCCACCUCCACAGCCUCAGCCGCCUCGGGGGAAAAGGGCAGCGCCACGCCCACGCCUUCGGCGCUAAAGCACACACCACCUCUUAGCAACAGCUACAAGCAGGAGCUGGAGAGGGAGGGGGGGAGGGAGCCGGGGAAGGACGCACAGCCCAGUCCGUCCGUGUCUACGUCCCCCUCCACCCUGGAGUCCAAAAUACACAAGUUCCUGCAGGGGAAUCCCGGCCUCAGGGCGUUCAACCUCGGCCUCCCCGGCGUGGGCGACGGGCCCGGCAGCAGCAGCGACAGCCCCUCCCUGCUGAUGGAGAACCUGGACGGGACGCCGGUGCGGGACGAGGCGACGGGCACCCCUACCCAGGACGAGAUGAUGGACGAGCCCGGCGCGGAGCCUGCGGGGUUCGCCCCGAACCUGCGCGGCCCCACCGGGGCGGGUCCCUCCCACAACGGGAGCCUCAGGCCUGGGGUGAACACGGACUCCGGCUCCUUAGGGCAGAAGAACCUGCCGCCUUUCUCUGGGUCUGACUCCGGUGACUUCACGAGGGGCCGGAGCGGAGGAGGUCACGGGCUUUCCCCCACUGCCUACCGCAGUGACCCCUGGAACGAAGGCACCCCUCCCCAGAGCAUGUACGGUGAAGGGGCCAGGAACGCUGGAGAGUAUCGUCCUUUGCACCCCCACAAUUUGAUGCCCGGCCCCCAAGGUGCAAGUAAGGAGGGGUACGGCGCCGGCGGACCUGGCAACCCGUCCUACAGGCAGGAGGAUUUCUACGAUGGGAGAAGUAAAGGAGCGGCAGGAAGAGGCCCUACAGCAGGUGAGCACUACCCCCUCCACCCUCUCUCAGCCAGCGCGCACCCGAAGAACGCCCGCGACGGCGGUGUGGAAGAAGGGAGCAGAGAGGGGGAAGGGGGGAACAAGGGGGCCUCUGGAAGCGCGCCCAACGAGGCGCCGCACUACCGCCACAUCGAGACCGUGGUGUCGGCGUCGUCCUGCGGGGAAGGAGCCCCCAUAGAGAUUUUAGGGUACAGUAACCGUCGGUUGUCCGGAGAGAGGAUCCAGACCGUGGAGAGCGUUCGAUCGACGGGCCGGGGCGCGCGGCCGCACCCUCGAGGAGUGGAGGCAGGGGGGAGACCAGGCCCCGCCGGAGGAGGCUGGUACGGUGAGAACUACAUGGAAGGAGCGAACCCGGGCCCUCCCCCUCAAGGAACGUCCGACCACAUGAAUCUGGGCGUCCCGCCACAGGCCCCCCACCCCCACCAGCCCCCGCCGCGGUUUCCGUUUGAAGAUAGGAGCCGCAUGCCCUAUCCUGGCCAAAAUCCAAAUUCCCUCCAUCCUCCCCCACACCGUCACAUCCCUCCAUCUAACUUCUUCAACUCCCCUCCUCCCCCGAUCCCUCCACCCCCUCCACCUCCCAUCCCCCAGCUGCCACCCCCACCCCAAGAUUUCCUGUCUCCCCCUUCUGCAGUCAUGGUAGGAGGCGUGCUGGUGCCGGUCGACCGCGCUCUGGGCGUGCCUUCCUCCAGACCCGAUGCAGAAGACAGAGCGGGCGCAGGCGGCGGGUCAGCGAAUAACCCCAACCCCCCCUCCAAACUCCCCCCCUCCCUGGGCGGAGACGGCCCGCUCUUCAACGACCUGCCUCAUCACGCCACGAAUAAAGACCACUUCUCCAGCCACCAGGCCCCGCCUCCCCACCGGGCCGGCCCCUCCGGGGCCCCCCCUUCCCUGCCACCAUCCUCGUUCGGUCCGCCCUCCCCCCCUCUCCAGCAGAGCCAGCACCCUCCGGCCAGCCCCCCUCCGCAGACCUGCAACCACAGGCGGCCCUCCUCCCCGCUGGGCCUCCAGCGCCAACCCCCUCCCAAUCACAGACCCCAGCUUCGCCCCCCACACCACCAGCCCCGGCCACACUUACCUCCCCUUUCUCAAAGACAGCCUCUUCGCGGUCCCCGCCCCCGCCCCCCGCAUCCGGCCCCCUUUGACCGAGAGCCACCAUUUCAUGGAGGUAAACGACCCGGUCCUCCGUUCGUUGGAGCCCCUAGACCAGGGUUUGGGGGAAAUCCAUUCCAUGCCCCCAAAAGGCCUUUUUUACCCCCACGUUACUGACACGACACACACAUGCUCCUUGAAACAUUAAAAAAUAUAUCUACAUAUGUGUAUGAAGGGAGAGGAGUAAACAAACAAAGAUAUUCCAGCCCCACACUACACAUUUUACAAUAUUACACUCAUUGCCCUUAGAUAACAUGAUUACAAUGGCAGUGUGGCCAUCUUUUUUUCUGUAUCUCCUACACAUGGUGUAGUGUGCGGUGUACUGCACUGGCACCUACGCCCCAUUCCCCUCCCUGUCCUCUCCCAUCCUCUCAGAUGAGGGGGGCGAGAGCAGGAAAGUGGGAUUCUAAAUCACGAAAACUGCCCCACCCUCAAACCCCGACUCUUAACACCAAGACAAUCCUCUCAC